ACCAGGCCAUGCACUCGCUCAGCAGACGGACGAUACGGGAUCUCGGGAGGGAAAGACCUUGCUAAGCUCUUGUUUCCUCAGAACGAGAAGAUCUUCGAAAGUUUUCAGCGAUUGAGUGAGUGCAUCCGCACUGCACAGUUAUGCCACUUCCCAUACAGAUAUUUGGUCAGGGUCCAGUGGAGGCCAUGCAGGUGGACAUGCAACCAGAAGGUAGCGAUAGUCCAGAAGAGUUGACCUACAUGGUGGACAACCCAACAUUAGAUUUGGAUGGGUAUGCGUCCAGCUACACAGGCCUGGCCAAGAUCAAUCGGCUGCUGUUUGUGGCUGCCCACUGCCCCUCGCUGAAGAUUGAAGCUUUUAGGAUAGCUCUUAGCUACACCCAGUCCACCUACAACACAUCCAUGUAUCAGAAUAUCCAACGCAAGCUGACAGAAGCCGUUUCAAGCACUUCAAUCCUGCCUGACGCAGUGGCUGGGGUCGUCCACAAUGUGCCGCCGUUUGAUACCCAGUGGGUUGAAACCACCAACAAGAAAGCGGCUCUGAAACUAGAAAAGCUGGACACGGAUCUCAAGAACUACAAGAGCAACUCCAUCAAAGAGAGCAUAAGGCGAGGGCAUGAUGACCUUGGCGAUCACUACCUGGACCAGGGAGACCUGAGCAGCGCCCUCAAGUGUUACUCCAGAGCCAGGGAUUACUGUACCAGUGCCAAGCAUGUUGUCAACAUGUGUCUCAAUGUGAUUAAGGUCAGUAUUCAUCUUCAGAACUGGUCCCAUGUUCUCAGCUAUGUCAACAAGGCCGAGGCAACUCCAGAGAUAUCAGAGGGACACCAGCGAGAUUCCAAGGAUAAUCUGACCAUCGUGACCAAGCUGAAGUGCUCGGCCGGUCUAGCGGAACUUGCUAUGAAAAAAUACAAGCCUGCUGCCAAAUACUUCCUGCAGGCUGUAUUCGAUCACUGUGACUUUCCUGAUUUGCUGUCUCCAAACAAUGUGGCUAUGUACGGUGGUCUUUGUGCAUUGGCGUCCUUUGAUAGGCAGGAAUUGCAAAAGAACGUCAUUUCUAGCAGCUCUUUCAAACUGUUCCUUGAGCUGGAACCUCAGCUCAGGGAUAUUAUCUUCAUGUUUUAUGAGUCCAAGUACGCAUCCUGCCUGAAACUCCUGGAUGACAUCAAGGAUAACCUACUGCUAGACAUGUACCUGGCACCGCACGUCAACACGCUGUACUCACAGAUCAGGAACAGAGCUCUGAUACAGUAUUUCAGUCCCUACGUGUCGGCAGACCUUCUGAAGAUGGCGGCAUCGUUUAACACAACAGUAUCAGAGCUUGAGGAUGAGUUGAUGCAGCUCAUAUUGGAUGAUCAAAUCAAUGCUAGAAUUGACUCACAUAACAAGAUUCUGUAUGCCAGGGACGUGGACCAGAGAAGCUCCACCUUCGAGAAGUCGUUAGCAAUGGGCUUGGCAUUUCAGAGACGAACAAAGGCUUUGAUACUGAGGUCAGCCAUGCUGAAGAACAACAUUAUAGUCAAGAUUCAGGCCCAAGGGCAGGCACAGCCUUGAAAUCAGACAAAAGCUGAAUAAUACCAGCUCAUUCUCUGUCACUGAUGACUUGAUGUUCAUCGCUAGGCUUUCUGGUCUUCUCACUUAGUGGGAUGUCUGGCAGUGAAGCAGUGGUGUAGCCAGCUUGGUGAAGGGCCGGGGAAGGGAGUUGAUCCCCUUGGGACGGUUAAUUCUUUUUUUAAGGAAAUGAUAGUAGCAACAUGUUACGAACAGUAGCAGUGCCUUCCUCUGAGAGAGGAGGGGAGUUUUUCCUUCAUGGUUGGAGCAAAAAAUUGGACAGUUUCAGAAAAAGUUUCCACUUUGUCCCCCUCCCAAGUCAGAAUGUGGAUACACCACUGCAUUGAAGUUUCUUUUCACACAUGUAAUGGUAAUUGCCAUAAUAUACAUGUAUAUGAGUUCAGUGACCAUGGCAACACUAACACCAGUAAUUGACAGUGGCCUGCACCAGAGUCAGAAGAACGAUUGUAUGUAACCACUGUUCCAUGGCAGUCACUCUGUACAAAACCCAACACAAUGCUUUCUGCCAUAUCAAGGGGGCCGUUGGGAAUGGCCGGUGAAAUGCCGCAGGAUUCGUCUGAAAGAUCGCACAAUUAUAUUCCUAUAAUACCUGAUAGUGGGAGAACAAUUGUAGGUGUACAUUUGCAUGGGAACAGCUAUGGAGGUUGAGGAUUGACUGACUGUAUAGAACUUUGAUCCAGUGGAGAAGGCAUUAAUGGGUUUUUGUGUUAUUGUAUGUACAUGUACUGUGCAAACAAUACAGAGCCAUACACGUAGUCUGUGUUCUCCAAAAUUGAUGCAGGGGAAUAUGGGGUGAGGGGCUGUAAGGGAUGGCACAUGCUCCUUUCACUCUUAUCCCAUUUAGUUACAUUGUGGUAUUGGACUGUAGAAUCUCAUUGGCUGAUUAGAAUCCAAUAUAUAUCAAAUGCAGCAUCAAGUGCAGAACCUACCAACAGCAGAGGAAUUUAACAUUUAGCAUUGUAAAUUGAUAUAUUUUGACCUUCACUGAUUGCAUGUUUAAAGUGCUACUCUGAAUUUAUAUGAACAGCAACAUGACACCGCAAACUUGGCAUUAUGUGCUUAGAACCAACCAUUGUUGCCAAUCAUUUGUGUAAUUCUAGUGGUCUGUGUCUCUUACAUGUACAUGUUUAGUAGCAUUGGAUUGUCCAUCAUAUUGAGUAGUGUGCCCAGUGUACAAAUGUAGGUCCUACUUACAACAUUCUGUUCAACAUGUUACACAUGUACAUGUACAUUGUCCUUGUGUCGGACAUGUUUCUCUAAUGAUGAGUACAAUAUUGCCACAUGGGGCAUUCUCCUUUAUCAACCCUUGUGUGAUACAAUCAUGACUGAUGAGCCCCAAUGGACCAUAAUGCAGAAGCAGUAGAUGAUGCUCGAGUGGCCUGUUCACUGGUGCUCACAUGCAUGAGCACCGGUUUAUGCACACAUAUGUAGAUGUACAUGCAAUCAACUCAUCAGCUGAAUGAUCCAAUGAUCACAUGGCAUCUUUGCAUGGGCUGUGGCAGCAUGAGGGCAAUGGCACUCAUGUAAAGGGAGUACCCAAGCAUGAAGUUGGCACUCAAGUGGAAAUCAAGAUUCCAGAUAUAAAAAAAAAAAUUGGGGGGGCCUUUUUUACUUUAGUAUAUUAUAUUUGUGUUUUUUGGUUUUCAUUGUAUUAAUCGACUUAUAUGGAUACUCUACACAUGUAGAAUAGCAGUACAUUAUAAACAUGUUGUGCCGGCCUUUGCCACGAUGUUUGUGUAGUUCCUGUGUUGGUUCAGAGAGAUAUGCUUGUGUUACUGGUGGUUUUGGUUUUUUUUUUGGCUUUUUUUGUAUUCACAAUUUUUGUUUAAGUGAUUACACUUCUUGUAAGUUCCAUUGUGGCUAGUCUGAACAAAAAAGACUUAGUGCUGAAUACUGAAAAUUCAAGGUUUUGUUGAAGGACUUCUGAAUGCUGACUGUAAAAAAAUAAGAGGAUCAUUGUUUUGUGCUGUAGGAACACGCUGCAGGGUCUCUUGGUAGGAAGUUGAGAGCUGAAUGCUGUAAAUAUUUCCCCUUUUUGGUUUUUAGAGCCUGCCAAGGGAUGGCUGUAAUGCAGCAGACAGCAUGGUAGGGAUCAGCACAGCCACGCCUACAUGUACUUGACUGACAGGCCGACAGACAUCAUGUAGAGGCACACAUAUUGUGACUUAACUUAUCAAAGUGAGUCACAAUAACUACUUACAAAGUUACGAGCUCUUACAAAAAAGUCUUGUACCGUAGAAGUUACUAGGAACUGUCAACGUGGUCACCUAAAUUGUAAUGUCUACAUUUAUCAGGAUAUGCCUGUCUAGAUGAGAUGCGGAAGUGAAGAUAUCCCAUUUUUUUUCCCAUUGCAUGUACAGGAAGCAUUCAGAUGUUUUGAGAAAAACAAAAAAAUCAAGACUCAAUUUGUCGGACCACGUCUCAAAUAACAUUAGCAUGCUAUUACCCAUAUACAUGUAUGUAAGAUUCUUAGGUAUAUCCUGAGGGCUUGCGAUCUAAAUCCAUCCUGGUGUAUGCAGUUCCUAAGUCAACCACUAAACUUGGAUCAGAAGUGCAUGUACAACAGGAGCUUCCCCAAAGCGCUUCCUGUUUUGUUGCUAUAUUUAUGCAUAAAUAAUAUCGAUGAGGAGAUACAUAGAAAAAGGUUGAUAUAAGAACUUGCCGAAGGAUUCAUACGUACAUGUACACCUGGAUACAUGUCACUGCAGUGACCAUCAUACUUACACGGCUGCAUUUCUGAAGAAUAAACUUGCGUGACAUUGUCAUCAGCGUUAUUUAUUGAAUCUUUUCUGCGCUAAAUAAUUCAUGUACAUGUACAUCGGUCACUGAUGGGUAUUCUUUUGUCCUUUGGUCUUUUAUCCCUCAGUUAAUUUGUUUAAUGUAUGUUGGAAGUGUAAUGGGAUUUAUUGUUACAGUGCAGUUGACACUUGGUUGCAUUGCCAGGUACUUGUACAUGUAAAUGACACUCAGUGAUCAGAAGGCAUAUAUGGCACAGCAACAUGUAUUACUUUUAAAAACAAGCAAGACUAGAUGAUUUUUUUCUUUUAAGUGUAUAUGCUUUUUGCUUUGGGCCUUCAGCAAAGCAAAACUGUUGUUGUCCACAUUUUACAUUUGGAAAUUUGAAUAAAAGUACCAAAUGGGAUACUGA